GCUUUAACAUAGAAAGUUUUCCAGUGGUACGCAACAUAAGAACCCGAGUUUAUCAAAGAGCACUAAAUUCUAGCUAUGAUUACAUCCUAUUUUCCAAAAUAUGUGGCACUGUUUGCCCUCCUUGUCCUGAGUGUUGGUGCUCUGGACACGUUUAUUGCUGCAGUGUAUGAGCAUGCGGUUAUAUUACCAAACAGAACAGAAACACCUGCUUCCAAAGAAGAAGCUGUGCUCCUGAUGAAUAAGAACAUAGAUGUUUUGGAGAAAGCAGUUAAGCUGGCAGCCACGCAGGGUGCUCAUAUAAUUGUGACCCCAGAAGAUGGAAUUUAUGGCUGGGUCUUCACAAGGGAGACCAUUUACCCCUAUCUGGAGGAUAUCCCACACCCAGAAGUAAACUGGAUCCCAUGUACAGACCCUCAGAGGUUUGGCUAUGCCCCAGUGCAAGAAAGGCUCAGCUGCCUGGCCAAGGACAACUCUAUCUACGUUGUGGCAAAUAUUGGGGACAAGAAGCCAUGUGAUGCCAGUGACCCUAAGUGUCCCUCAGAUGGGAGAUACCAAUACAACACUGAUGUGGUGUUUGACUCUCAAGGAAAGCUGGUGGCACGCUACCAUAAGUACAAUCUUUUUGCACCUGAAAUUCAAUUUGAUUUUCCGAAGGACUCCGAAUUUGUGACCUUUGACACUCCUUUUGGGAAGUUUGGCAUUUUCACUUGCUUUGACAUUUUUUCCCAUGACCCAGCGGUGGUGCUGGUAAACAAGUUUCAAGUUGACAGCGUUCUCUACCCCACGGCCUGGUACAACACGCUGCCCCUCCUCUCGGCUGUUCCCUUCCACUCGGCCUGGGCCAGGGCCAUGGGUGUCAACCUGCUUGCAGCCAACACCCACAACACCAGCAUGCACAUGACAGGAAGUGGAAUCUACGCUCCGGAAGCAGUCAAGGUGUAUCACUAUGACAUGGAAACAGAGAGUGGCCAGCUGAUGCUCUCAGAAUUGAAGUCCAGGCCCCGAAGUGAACCCACCUACCCUGCACCUGUUGACUGGAGUGCUUAUGCCAAAGGCAUCAAGCCAUUCUUGUCUGAGCAGUUGGAUUUCCCAGGGAUGAUUUAUUUUGAUGAGUUCACCUUUACCGAGCUUAAGAGAAAUGCAGGAAAUUACACAGUGUGCCAGAAAGACCUGUGUUGUCACUUGACUUACAAGAUGUCUGAGAAGCGAACAGAUGAGGUGUAUGCACUAGGAGCUUUUGAUGGACUGCACACAGUAGAAGGCCAAUAUUACUUACAGAUAUGCACAUUACUGAAGUGUCAAACCACUGACCUGAGAACUUGUGGGGAGCCUGUGGGGUCAGCUUUUACCAAGUUUGAGGAAUUCUCUCUCAGUGGCACAUUUGGAACGAGUUAUGUUUUCCCACAGUUCAUUCUAAGUGGGAGUCAGCUUGCCCCUGAAAGACAUUAUGAGGUUUCAAGAGAUGGACGUCUGCAGAGCAGAAGUGGAGCCCCUUUGCCUAUCUUAGUCAUGGCCCUGUAUGGAAGAGUGUUCGAAAAGGACCCUCCACGUUUAGGGCAGGGACCAGGGAAAUCACAAUGAUCCCCUUUUACCGCCUCCCUUUCAGGAUUAGCCUGGAAAAGAAAGGGAAAAGACAAAAAAAGAGAGAGACCCCUUAGUGUCUGUUUAUAAGAGAUGUUAUAAAUUUGUUGAAACAACAAAGGAAUUUUUAAAAAAAACAAUAGAUGUGUGAACAAGGAUCUUUCUUUGAAAAAUGAAGCCAUUCAACUGGUAUUUCUGAGGCAAUAGAGUAUAUUUUAUUGGCGUGCAAAAUAACUUUUUUUUUUUAAUGAGAAACAGUUCAGGCUGCAUCAUAAUAAUUAGAAACUUUAUAUUAAAAACCAAAGAGAACAAAAUAAAAAUAGUUGUAUUGAGUCCCAUGGCAAA